UGAUGAUGGUCUCAUCGAUAAUGAUGAAAAAGUAGCUUCUUCCAAAAACACAUUUCCAAUUCAAGACUAGAAUGCAAAACCAUAUCCUAUCUAUGACCAACCAAAAUCGGUACCCAGCCAAAAUCGGUACCCUAUCCGGCUAGAGUAUUCCCCCCUCCCCCCGGGAACCAGACCUAAAGAGUAAACUUUCGGCUCAAUUCCAGUCGAGGGACUUCAGAAGUUUAGCCUUUCAUUUUUCAGCCACAGACAUUUUUACUCAAGCAAUCUUUCAAGAGUUCGACUCAAAAUGGCGUAUCACUUCUUCGUCAUAUUCGUCUUGCUGAGUUCUGCUUUUGGUAGUCCUGUUCAUAAGAACCACGAACGAGGAAAGGAUUUUACUUUUUCUUCUAAAAAGGUCGUGGAUUUCACUAUUCACAUCAGCGAGGCUGGUGAAGAAUACAACGAGAAGAUCGAGGUGAACCCAAACAAGCGAACAGAAUUGUUUCAAGUUCCCGCUCAUCCUGGAGUGGAUCGCAGUGACACCUUACAUGACUUCAAACAAAAUUUGAGCAUGUUGCGAUUUCCGCACGACAAGAUUUGUUUUCUCUUCCCUCUUGCGAAGGAACAAUCGGCGCCUGAGAAGCUGAUGAGAGAUCUUGAGAAGGCCAAGCAGAUGGUUAUUACAGAGACCAGGCGGGUUGAUACCACUUGGAUUUUUAACGGUGAACUGACUGAUCGUUCUGCACUUAGUGACGAGUUAUCAGAUUUUUGUGCACAGUAUCCGAUAUACCACGUGAAAAAAACGCAAGAGAGUCUGGAGGUGAUAGGAAUCCAAACAAAAGAAAGAGCGCAUCGUACUCGAAGACAAGCUAGCACGGGCCUGAACGGCACUGACUUUGUUCUGGUGGCAUGGAGCUGAAUACUGCCAACCAAAUAUGUCCCGAGCCUGAGUUGAAAAUCAACAAGUACAGCAGCUGUGUCAAAUACAUCGAGUGUGACGGCCGUCGUAUUGGGCGCUUGGCAGAUGGAGGUCACGAGAAGUCACAUGACCCAGGCUGCAGAGUUGUGCACGGCUAUGGCCUUAUCAGUGUGUGCUAUGAAUAUAUCUGCAACAUCGUCAGCAUGGAUCAGCAGCAUUAUAAUUAUCGCAACAAUCAUCAACAAGGGUCUAGGUCACGCGGGGGGUCUGGUGAAGGGUCAGGACAAGGAUCCGACGAGGAAGAAUCCAGUGAGGAAGGAUCCGGUGAGGAGGAAGGAUCAGGAGAUGUGUUGGAAUGGCUGUAAUCAGAUUGGACACGGCAAUGUCACAUUUAGAGCAGUCCAUCUUUUCCUUUAGUUCGUCGACCUAGAAGACAAAGAGGUGAAGAGAGGGGAAAAACUGACCGCACAAAAACUGGGAUAAGGCGCACAACUUCUCUCAGGGAAGCACGCGGACAGCUCUGGAGACGAAGUCGCCCGCAGUUUUUGCGCGGCCUUUAUUUCCUCUUGCGUUUUUCGCUUUUAACUCGACGAAGUAAAGGGACUAAAUGAACUGCUCACAAUAAAUGUUAUUUUCAGAACCUGGAUUUGAAUUAUUUUUUGGCGUAAAACGUUAUUUUCUUAAAACGUGAUUCAGUUUUCAGUUCGCAUUGAAUUGUGAUUUUGUAGCCAUCGGCAGGAAUUCCGUGAACUAAGUAAAAUGUGAAAACUUUAGUUUCAUUUUGAAUAAAGAAUGUUCGACAAAAAGAA